AUGGCAGCCGUGCCGACAGCCUUCCAAGUAUCACCGCCGCCGAAGUUCGACUUUUCAAAGCCAGAAGAGUGGCCGAAAUGGAUCCAUUGCUUUGAGAGGUUCAGGAUAGCAUCCGGACUCAAGGUACAAUCAGACGAAAACCAGGUUAACACUCUGAUAUAUACAAUGGGCGAUGAAGACGUGAUCACUUCGUUGAACCUGACCGAAGAGGAGGCGAGUGAGUACCACACUCUCAAAGACAAUCUUGAGGCACACUUUGUGGUCAGAAGAAAUGUCAUCUUUGAACGUGCAAAGUUCAACCAAAGGCAGCAAGAAGCGGGAGAGACUGCAGAUGGAUUUAUUGCAUCCCUAUAUGCCUUGGCUGAGCAUUGUGGCUACGGGGCGCUGCACAGUGAAAUGAUAAGAGACAGACUGGUUGUCGGAGUAAGAGACAAGAGGCUCUCGGAGCAACUGCAAAUGGACGCAGAGCUCACGCUUCAGCUGUGGCCUGCAACAUACUACUUUAUGGGGAAUAAAUGGAUCUUUGGAGAAGGCUUUUGCAAGAUCAUAAGAUUCUGCUUCAACUUGAAUUUAUACAGCAGCAUUGGAUUCCUUACCUGUAUAAGUGUGUACAGGUACCUGGCUAUUGUCCAUCCAAUGAGGGUGAUGGGAAGAAUAACUGUGACUCACUCUGUAGCUAUCUCAGUCGUGGUUUGGCUGUUGGUGAGUGCUCAAAGUUUUCCAGAUAUGUUCUACCCAAAAACCUCUGCAAAUAACACUGAUAGAAAUAGAACUGAAAAAUGUCACCAUACCACCACUACAAAGUAUGUGGAGGAUUACCUGAAAUACAGUGUUGGUUGGACACUCACUGGGUUUGUUAUCCCAUUCCUUAUCUUACUUGGCUCCUAUGGGCACGUGACUCUUGUUCUCUGCCGCAUUAAUACCAUUGAUAAGGUGGUGAAACAAAGAAGCUUAAAGUUAAUGUUCAUCUUGAUUUUGCUCUUCUCGGUUUGUUACAUCCCCUUUCAUAUUUUUAAGAACCUCAGCCUUUAUUCAAGAGUUUUGAUAAAACACAGGAUGCGUCCAAAAUGGGAUAAGGGAGUCUUUUGUGCUCAUCAGAUCAGUCGUGGUCUUGUGUGUCUGAAUAGUGUUUUGAACCCCCUGGUUUACCUCCAUGUCAUGGAUAUUCCUGCUCAAAUCAGACAGAUGCUUCAGCGGUCUCGUCAGAUAUUUACUCGUUUCUUUCUGUCAAAGUACGGCAAUGUACCUGUGGCACAAAGUGCAGAUGUUUAACAGGAGUUUAGCAUGAAUGAUUG